UUCCCCGGCCUCUAAUGAGGAGAAGAAGAAGAGUAAGAAUACGUCACUUCCGUAAACACAAUCCACCUGCGAUGAGGACUUGUGUGCCGGCGGUUUCUUUUUAUUAUCGUUUUUUCCAUCAUUUCUGCAUCCUGAAUGUUUACGAUGUCUCAUUCUGGGUCCUCCUAUAAGACCUCUCCUCACAUAGGAAACUCCUGUGUGGGUGGAAGAACCGGAAAUAGCAGAGGUCACUCUGCUAACAAAGACACUAAACUUGUGAGCAACGACUCCAGCCGUCCAGACACAAGUGUGAGGGAUCGUGUGUUAAAGCAGGUAGGACUCACCAGCACCACCUUCAUCGGUCCAGCAGGUCCUCCUCGGAAAUCAACCAAAAAGAAAGUCAAGAAAGUCAAGAAAGUCAAGAAAGUCAAGAAAGUCAAGUCUAACAUUGAAGACACACUGAGUGAGUUUUACAAAGAGCUGGAGAAGAUCGAUACACCUGAUGGUGCUAAUUACAACCCAGGGAAACAACAUGCAGGUCGUGUUCGACCAUCUAAACCUCCUAAGACCUCUACCAGCAGAGAGACUCUGGACGUCGGCGAGGAGAGAGUUGAGUACGCAGGCAGACAUGCAGGAACAGAUGGCUACCAGAGAAACAGUGGGCAGAAUCAGCCAUCGUGGCCACACUGGCAUCAAAAUGAGCCAUACUACCCCAGAAGGCCGGGGCCAGCUGCUCCUACUCAAAAUCAGUGGCAUCAUCCUCAAACGCUGAACAGACCGCCGGACCAGAGAUUUCACAGACCCCCGUUCCAUUGCCCACCACCCCCAUCUGCAUUCCUGAAUCCACGUAACCCGCCGCCACACGUGAAUCAAAACUGGAGUAGUUCGGGCACGACAAACCAGCAUCAAGAGGAGUCGCAUUUUCCAACAUUUUCUAGUUUCCCACCUCCAAAUGUCUGCAGUCCCCCCUCUCAGGGCUUUUAUGGAGAUUCUUCACACCACUUUGACAAGGAUGAACGGAUUCGGAGCUAUGAUGUACGCUCAGAUAAUGUCAAGGUUGGAUCGUCCGGAGAUAGAAAAGAAGAAUCGUGUCAGUUUGGUCAAAAUUAUGACAGAAGCCAGAGAUACGAUUCCAAAAAUGAAUCGUGGGAGCAUCAACGCCGACCCCCUGCCAACACUAACCCUUCUUCCUCGGUACUGAUCUUGAUGAGGGGAUUACCAGGAUCUGGGAAAUCAACAAUGGCCAGGGAGCUGCUCUCCACUGGUCCCAGCGGGCUAAUACUGAGCACAGAUGACUACUUUGCUCACAGAGAUGGGUACCGAUACGAUGCAGGCCUUCUCGGAGCAGCACAUGAAUGGAACCAGAACAGAGCUAAAGAUGCUAUUCGUGAUGGGCGAUCUCCCAUUAUCAUUGAUAAUACAAACGGCCAAGCUUGGGAAAUGAAGCCAUAUGUCCAAAUGGCCUUGGAGAGAGGAUACAAAGUGGACUUUUGUGAACCUGAGACCAGCUGGAAGUUUGAUCCUUACGAGCUGGAGAAGAGGAACAAGCACAGCGUUCCACAGGAGAAGAUCGCACAGAUGAAGGAUCGUUUCGUAUUUCCCAUAUCUGUUGACAUCGUCAUGAGAUCACAAGAGCCGCUACACGUGAACCACAGACGUCAACCAGAGCAGCCACAGACGAUGAGGGGAAACCCAAAUUUCCAUUAGAUUCUCACAGGAAUUGAACCAGCUAAAUAAUUAGCCUCGAAGAACAAAACUUUUUUUAAUGCUGUAAAUUUUGUUAGCUACUGUUCUACGUGAUUUUUAAUUCCAUUAUUUUCUAUACUGUAAAUUUAUGUAAAGAAAGAAGAAAUAUAUUUUUUCUGAAGACAUUUUUACAUUUUCACAAAUAACAUCUUUGCCAGGAAA